AUUCUUAACAUCUUCCAGCUUUACACACCAGGAUUAUAUCCACCCACUUAACUAAAUAAACAUGUCAGACAAAGACGUCCUCGUUUCGAUGGGAUUCGACCCGGCUCGGAUCGAAUGGGCUCUCCGAGCGACAAAGAAUAGUGGCCUUCAACCAGCAAUGGACUUUCUCCUCGAACACUCCGACGAUCCCAUCCCCGAUCCUUCCGCCCAAGCUCAGGCUGCGCCAUCGUCAGUAACUGGUGGCGAUGCACCGAUGGAUGAAGACGACGAGGAAGAUGCGGCCGCUCUGAGGGCAGUGUAUGGAACUGGAGCAGGAGCUGCAGUCGCGGCGGCGGCGGAUGUGGAGGCGAAGAGCAUCAAAUGCUCGCAAUGUGGAAAGAUCUUCAAGAACACUUCACUUGCCAAUUACCACGCCGAGAAGAGCGGUCACGACCAGUUCGAAGAAUCCACGGAAGAGAUCAAGCCGCUGACUGAAGAAGAGAAGAAACAGAAGCUCGCUGAGCUCCGGUCCAAGAUGGCCGAGAAAAGGUCGGUGAAAUCGAAGGAGGAGGCGAAGGAACAACAGGCCAAUGAGGCUCUCCGAAGAAAGGCUGGGAGAGAUAUGGGAGCAGCUAAAGAAGACCUUCAAGCCAAACAAGCUAUGAAGGACGCCGAAGCCAAACGUCGUGAAAAAAUCGAAGACGCCAAAGCCCGCGCGGCCAUCAAAGCCCAAAUCGAAGCCGACAAACGGGAACGCGCGGAAAAAGCAGCCCGCGAAAAGGCCCUUCGCGAAGGCAAAUCGCUCCCCGAAUCCUCCGCCUCCUCUUCUACUCCUGCUGCAGCGGCAAGGCCAGGUGGCGGGGCGGCGGCAACAACGGCGGGAAAAGAUUUCAAGGAAACGAGGUUGCAGAUCCGGUUGGCGAGUGGGGGACAGCCGUACACGACCACUUUAUCGAGCGAUGCCACGUUGAGAGAAGUGGCGGAGUUCCUUGCUGGACAGGUUCUUUCAGUGGACGUCGAAACAGUAUCGUUCGCUCAGCAUUUUCCAAGAAAACAGUUCUCUCAUGCGGACUUUUCGAAGACGUUGCGCGAUCUAGGGUUGACGCCUUCCGCUGUUCUCAUCGCUUCAUAAGCCGGUGACAAGUCGCUGCAACAACGGUGCGAUUGAAGCCACGGAAAGGGAGACCGUGAACGAGAAGGAUUGAAGAUUGUACAUGUACGAAGGGCGUAUGGAUGUAACUGAAUUGCAAUCACUAUACAACAGACAAGUAACAAUAACCGUAACCAUGCUUUAUUGUAACAUCCCAAGACCGACUAUCCGCCUAAGAACACUAGAGAACCUUUUGUUCAAACAAAAAAUAUCGUACAAUCAUCCGCUCAUUCCCAGUCCCAAUUAUGUGCAGAUGUAAUUCCAACGUUCUCACCGCAACUGUUAUUCUCUCUGCGUCAUGUCUUCAUCACCAUCCACCUAUCCAUCCAAUAACCAGGAUUAUAUCCCAGGCAUAUAAUCAUAAACCCCCAAACCCCCGUCCUUCCACGCAACAACCACCCUUCCGAUCUCCUCAUUCAUCCCCAAAAGAUACACCUCCGACCUUUCAUGCAACCCAAACACUGUCGUUCCCCUCGCUCUACCAGUCCACCCUCGCUUUCCCUGUGACCGCCCGUCAUACGACACGUAUGUUUCUUCCGCUGCGGUCGACGAGGUGAAGGCGGCAGUGACGGAGGCGGAGGCAGACGAUACCCAGGGGGAGGAGGGUCGAGGAAGAACUUUUCCGGCGACACGUUGCGAGCCGGCUUGAUUCACUUGCGGUCUAUGUCCACCUCCGAAGCCUCCGUGUCCGACAGCGGGAUUGGGCGUAACACCCUGUCCUGCUCCAUCCCCGUCAUCCCAACCAUCCUCGUCCUCGCUUUCUCCAUAACCACCACCACUACCACUGGCACCAGCACCGUGAUUUGCGGGAUUGAAAAGGUAUUCAUCACCCACGGUGCUCUCCAUCUGCGAGUCCAACCAAAGCGCGGUACCAUACUCGCCGACCAAGGUAUCCGAGACGGCGAACAGAUCGAGCGUAGAGGACGUAUAGUGGUUCAAAACCGGGGCAUCGGAGUAGGGUAAAGCAAUAUUUGCGGUUGCAGUCGGAAUGAGAAGGCCAGAAGUUGGUGUUGGUUUCGAGGCAGUGCUUGGACCGGCGGGAGACUUGUUGGUUGAACCCGAAUCAGUCCUUGAUGCGGGGUUGGAAGGCGAAGGUGAUGGAGAAGAACCGGAUCGAGAGGUCGACCCUGACACUGCCGCCAUCGUCUGACCAUAACGAGUGAGAACGUCGUGGACAUCUUGCCUGAAAUUGUCCAUAUCGAUAGUGAGGGCAACGGUGGAAUUAUCGACGGUCGAAGUAGCGAAGACUGGGCCCAUAUGGUCCAUUUGCGCGGAUGGGAGGGAACUCGCUCCCGUAGCGCCCGUGGUACUUGUGCUUUGUGGAGCUGUUCGUGUCUCGAACGGGUUUGGGUGAGCCUUUUGUGGCCCAUCAGAUGCAGUGGGAUCGAGGGACGGAGACGAAGGGUAAGGCGAGAGUGUGUAAUGGUGUAGCAUGUUGAGAGGCCAAGGGUACCAUGACCCGAAACGGACCAGGAUAUUGAUGAAGGGCAAGUGGCGAGAAGAUGAAGAUGAGGU